AUGCGACGAGCGCAGAAGGCAGACGGAGCGAUGGCAGCUGAAGGGGAUGUUGAGCUUGAGUUAGAAGCAGAGCCCAAUGGCUUGGCAGGCAGCAGAGAGCAACCAGCCGAGAAGCCGCAGAAGCACGACAGCGGAGCGGCCGACCUUGAGCUCAUCACUGACUACGCGGAGGAGAAAGAGAUCCAGAGCUCCAACUUGGAAACAGCGACAUCAGUGAUUGGAGACCGAAGAUCCACAGAGCAGAAAGCAAAGCAGGAGCAGGAAAAAGAACUGGCCAAAGUCACAAUCCAGAAAGAAGAUUUGGAGUUGAUUAUGAACGAGAUGGAAAUAUCCAGGGCAGCAGCAGAAUGCAGCUUGCGAGAACACAUGGGGAACCUGGUGGAAGCACUGAUUACCCUCACCAACUGA